AUGGUUAAAUCAUAUAUCAAAACAAAUGGUGAAAUAGAAAGUGACAUCCAACACAUUGAAAGUAUAAUACAAGAAAUAAACAAUAAUGGGACAUUACAAAUUACAUUAAUCACAAAAAACAUAGUUGAGGAUAUCUCUAGAUUAGAAGGAUGGUUAUCAGAAAUUAAAC